UGUAACGUCGAGCUUUGUCAGUUCAAGCUGAAAAUUCAGAAUCGGAAUCCACAAAACUGGUUAUUGAUUUUUUUUUUUGGCUUUAAAGUUAUAAUUUUUAUGGAAAUAAACCGAGUUUCGAAGGAUAUAAGGAGCUCCUUGAAGAAACUUGAUUUGAAUCCCAGUGAUUCGUUGAACAAACUCGAUAAAAAUCCCAGAAAUCCCUUGAAGAAACCCCAUUUAAAUCCCAGAUCGUCUCGAGAGAAGGCAAAGCCUCCAAGUUUAGUUGGGUUGUGUCUUGGAGUUGUUGGCAAGCAUUUGGAGGAUAUUAUAGAGGAUUUGGGUGAGAUUGCAGCUAGCUUUCCGGCAGAUAUUAAGAUAGCAAUUGCUGCAAUUGCCCGGAGAAGAAAGUUACUAUCGGACGAUGUUAUUAUUUCUUUAGCUGACAGUUCCUGGGAAAUUCUUGAUAUAUCUGGUUCGGAUGUUUCUGAUUCUGGUUUAGGGAAAGUGGCUGAAAUGUGUAAAUCUUUAAGAGCAGUGGAUAUAAGCCGCUGCGACAAUAUUACUGCUGCUGGUGUUUCUGAACUCGUGCAGUACUGCCACUCACUGGAGACACUGAGAUGUGGAGGAUCCCCAAGGAGUGAGUACACUGCACGAAGAUGCUUGAGUAUAUUAAAACCAAGCCUGAAUGAUGUGGAGGGAGAUUCCUGGGAGGAACUUAUUACUACAGAGAUUGGUCAUGGUGCACAGUCAUUGCGAUGGCUUGUGUGGCCAAAGAUUGAUAACGAUUCAUUGGAGAUGUUGUCCACAGAAUGCCCACGUAUUAUGGUAAAUCCAAAGCCAUCACCAUUUGGUUUCAGAGGAUUUGAAGUUCCGAGGGAAGCAUUUCCAGAUAUUGUAUUGGACGAGCCAUAUGUCAAGGACAUUAAUCCCAUAACAUGGGCAGUGCGUGGACUUGGACCGAAGGUUGCAUCUCUUGUUUCGAACCCCAAUGAGUUGUCCAUGGCAGAAAAGUUUAGACUUGCUUUUGUGGAAAGGGACACACGCCUGGCACCAAAACGUGCUAAGAACGCAAGGCAACAUCAACGGCGUGCUGAGAGAGAGUGGAUGAUGGGGAGCACCAGUGCCAAAGCCAUAGCUCUGGCUGCAAAACAUAGCAAAUCUCUUAACAGCCGGAAGUAGAAUUUGGAACGUUUACACAUGUUGCAUAUCCAUGAGAAGCUCUAAGAGGUUUUUUUUUUGGGGGGGUCUGUAUACUAAUUGUAUAUUUGGAAUCUGCAUAAUAUAAUAUGGUUCUGUAGCAAAAAAGAACUGAUGCUUACAAGCACCAAUUUUAUUGCCUUAAAAAGUUUUUGUAAAAAUGUGGAAUAUUAAAUGU